UUACAAGAUCAGGAAAAGUCAUGUUUAUUUAGUUCAAAAAAAAUGAAAGCUUUAACGACAAUAUACAAAAACCAUCCUAAAUGUAAAAUUUCUGCUAUUAGUUUAUCUUCAAUUGAAAGAGAAAAAAAGAGACAAAUUGAAUCAAAACAUUGGUGGAUUAUUCAUCCUUACAGUAAAACAAGAUUUGCUUGGGAAAUUUUCAUGCUGUUAGUUUACAGUUUUUCGUUUAUAAUGAUUCCUUUUAUAAAUUGCUUUGUUAUUCAAGAUUAUAUGAAUAUUUACUUCGACAAUGUCAAUCUUGGAUUAUAUCCUAUUUAUUGGAUCGAUAUAAUAUUCAAUUGUGUUACUGGAUUUUCCUGUAAGAAGAAGAGAAAAAUAGAAUUACACCAAGGAAAAAUUCUCAUGUAUUACAUUAAAGGAUAUUUACUCAUAGAUGUUAUAACAUCUAUCCCUUACGAUCGUAUUACUUUCACAUGGAGAAAGUUACCAGGCAUAGACAGUUCGAUAUUGAUUGAUAUGAUCAAUUUGUUACCAAUGCUCAAGCUUUUGAGAUAUUCUACUUUCAAUAAGUAUAUCUUUUAUCUUUUCAUAAAUUUUGACAUCAAAAACUUUUUAUAUCAAAUUUUUACAAUCUUGUUACUUUUCUUAUUUGUUACAUACUGGACUGCUUGCUUUUGUUAUGUUAUUCCUGUACUUAUAAUGAAAGCUUUUCCUGAAACGGAAUAUAAUGAUCUUUGGAUAUCUCAAGUGGAUGGAAACGAAAGUGUUGAUUUUUUCCGCAGUGCCCUUUACAUAGUCUUGGAUAAUUUUACCGCAAGUGGAUAUGGUUUAAAAGAAUCAAAAUCUGAAACCCAUCUCAUAAUUUGUACAGUUUUAAUGAUAUUUGGAAGGUUAUUUGAGUGUUAUUUAAUAGUUCUGGUUUUUCAAAUACGCAACGAGGCAAAUGCAACGAAAUCUAAGGCGUUAGAAAUUAUCGAUCAAGUUUCUACUUAUGCGAAUCAAAAACAGCUUUCAAUAAAUAUGAAAAAAAGAAUUUUGUCUUAUUAUCAUUAUCGUUUUCAGAAUAAUUAUUUUCGACAAAAUGAAAUUUUCUCAAAAUUUACAGAUGAGCUUUGUGAAGAGGUCAUUUUGAAUUCUUGUCGACGACUUAUUCAGAAUGUAGUGAUGUUUCAUAACCUUCCAAAAACCAUAUUAACAUCAAUUGCUGUAAUUCUGAAACCUGAAUUACAUCUUGAAAAUGAUGUCAUUUUAAAGGCAGGAACACGUGGUGACUGUAUGUACUUUCUUGCACGAGGUACUGUUGCAAUCUUAACUGCAGCCGGAAAAGAGAUUUGUCAUUUGGAGGAUGGCGCUCAUUUUGGAGAAGUUGCUCUGUUAAUUCAAGACCAAAAAAGAGUUGCAAGUGUAGUUGCAGUCGACGUUUGCGAAGUAUAUCGCUUAGAUAGAACCGAUUUUCGAAAAGUAAUCGCAAUCCAUAGCGAGUUAUUUGCUGAAAUUGAGAGAUUAGCUACUGAAAGAAUAGAGAGAACAAUGUUAAUUGAAGCAUAAGCUAUUUUUAAUGGAGUCAAUUAAAGUUCCUUCUUGUUCCAAAUUAUCAAGUUCUAAAAGUGUGAGGUUCAAGGUUUCAACUAAAAUUAAUUGAACAAACUGUCUUAAACCUUAAAUAUUAUUAUUGUCCGUACAAUAUUCGUAGUAUGGCAUUCAUCGUUAUCUAAUCUCUUUUUCUUAUAAUCAUUUAUAAUCCGUAUAUAUAUUCUUAUUCCUAAAAAAUACUUACAGUUACAAUUAUAUUUCCUAGUGCGUCAGGAUAGCGCUUAGAUAUGACGUGUUUGCACAUUUAACAAUGUCAAACUACAGAUAUGAUUCUUCUUAAAAAUCUCUAUUUUUUUAAUAACAUUUUUUUGAAAUAAGAGAAAAUUAGAAAGAAAUUUUAUUCCACAGUACCGACGGUAAAAAAAAUAUUACACUAGUCUAAGAGAUGCCUAAAAUAGUUGUAUAAUUUUACCUAUAAUAAAACCAAGUCUGCUUUGCAGAUUUUUUCGUUCAUUUGUUGUAUUACACAUUUCUUAUAGUAAUCAAUUUAAGGGUGUGUGGAAACCUCCCACGUGAUCUAGUAUGGGAAGAUGUAUUUUGCAAGUAUCCAUCUUACUCUAAAAUAAGAAAAGAUUUUUCUCUAAAAUUUUGAGAGAUUAGAGAAAAAGGUAUAC